UCUCGGGCGCGACCGUGCUAUGGUGCCGGGGUAGGGCGGUGAUCCCACAUCUCCACCCCUCCUCGCAGGAUCGUUCGGCCGCCGCGCGCCAUGACCCGUCCGCUCGGCGUGGGCUCGUCAUCACCGAGUCCGGCCUCUACCCGCUCCGGGCGCCAUUUUAGGCCGACAGCGGGCAGGGGGUCGGCCCAGGACUGCAGAUCCUCUGUUUUGGUAACCCUGAAGGCUGGAAGAGAGGGUGGAGCUAGAAGAAACCAGUCUAUUACAGAGUUCUUCAAACCAGUUUUAAAACAAGACCUUGGCCAUAGAGACAGAAGUGUGCUGUGCUCCUCAGACACAGGAAACGUAAAAGAUGCAGGAAUUGAACUGUCUGUUCUACAUGCUGGAUGCUUUGAGAAGCAAACGACUCCUGCAAAGAAAGUUAGAAGGAAAAAGAUGCCAGACCCAACACCAAAAACAAGUCCUAUAUUAGAUGCCUUCUGGAAAGGAAUUGAGAAAAAAGGCACUGUAAACUUAUUGGAGGACAACGCAGUAUGCAAGGCACCGGGUUCAGCAUGGCCAAGGGUUGUGAUUCGGAAACUCUUUGUUACUGCAGCAUCUCCCAGGAAUAUGUUGGCUGAAAAAGAUAAAGGUGUCAAGCCUGAGCAGGGAAGAAGUGAGAAGUAUCUGGAUGUAACAAGAACACUGCAGUCUUGUGAAAACAGCUGGGAGCAGAAAACUGACUGUAUGGAUACAGAAGAGACCAGCUCAGACUCGGAUGGAUGGGUUUUAGCAGAAGCUGAUUCUUGGAAGGCUGGCGCCAGAAAUAACAGCAAUGCAAACAGCACAUCUCUGUGCCACAGCUCAGGGCUCCUCUUGAAGUUGCCGUGCACUCCACCUGACUCCAAGUUUAGGUUAGCACUGGGAACUCUGCACAGAGGAGGAAAGCAGAAGACGCGCAGAACGAAGCAAUCUAAGGCACAUCACUUAAAGCCAUUUUCAAGAACAAGUGUAUCACAUCAGGGAAAUGGAUAUUCAAGAAAAAUAUCACGUUCUGCUUCGAGGGAGGCUGCCUCAGGUGACCCAUCCCAACCCAAGCAGGACUCAAAACAUGAUGUAUCCUCUCCAAAUUCAUUGAGAAUGUCCCCUGAGAAAGCUGCCAGUGUGUGGAAAAGCCAGUCUGCUCCAUUAGUCGGCCGUAGAGCCCAGAUGUCUUCUGGGAAGAGAAAACGCACUGUCAUGAGUGUGUAUGCAAACAGCUCGAAUCAGUGCGAAGAAGCAAGUUCCAGUGACCCUGCUUUGAGAAGGUCCUCUGCAACUGGGAAAAAUCAGAGGUCUGCUUUGGUUAAAAACAUUGUGCUGAAGUCUCCGUGCGUGGAUGCGCUGCAGCUCGUGGAGGCUGCUGCUCUGCCCAGACGGGAUUCUCCUCACUCAGAGGAAUGCCUUGACUCAAGCCAUGAAAAUGAGAAAAAUAAUUGCUCUUCUGGGGGCUUGGCAUCAUGUUCUGCACAGCGUCGUAAUGAAAAUAGCCGGGUUUCUGUUGUAGACACCAAAGAGAAUCAAUUGCAGGUGGCCAACUCACACUUCUACUUGGACGUGUCCCUGCCUUCUCAGGAGAAAAGUGCUCUCUUGCCUUCUCCACACCAUGUAAAACAAACAAAUACUGUACUCACAAAAGAUGUGAAAUCUCACCUCCAGAAUGCUGUCUUCUCUCAGGUAAUACCAAAAAGAUGUACGCUCAAUAGAGCUGAUGGUAUUUCACCCAGCAGCACUUCUUCAAGAACAGAAGAAAAGGCUUUAGAAGAUGUUUCAGAUUUUUGUCCAGUGGAAGGUUCUAAAAAGCUUACGGUCUUGGAAGAGAGUGAUAAAAGGGUUCAGUGUUCAUUGCCUUUUAAACAAGGAUGUGAGGACAACGAUUGUGUAUCUUCAGAACUCUCAGAGUUAAAAGUUGGAAGCACCCGUACAGAGAUGUGCCAUAUGAAUGGCAAAUCAAAAAGCAGUUUUGAUAGUGAAGAUGAGACUUUAGAGUGCAUUCUAGAUGAUGAUGAUGACGAUGAAACAUUCAUACCAUUGCAAGAAAUCCUGUCUUCAAGUGGCAGGCCUCAGACAGAAGCCCUGGAAGGAGACAGUUUUGAUGAUCUCCUCAAGGGCACCACGGCUCUGACAAAUCAUCUUUCUAAGCCUCCUGUUGGUACCCAGGUGUCGUAUGUGAACAGCUUAGAACAUCUCUUGAAGGAGAAGGAGCAAUCUAAAAGGCUGGGUGAACUGGAAAAGCGGUUGCGAGAAGACGUACAGAGAAAGGAAAUUGAUUCUUCAGAUGGAGAAAAUGAAAAUGCUGUGGAGAAUGGAGACCUCUCAGAAGAACACAGGGCAUUUAUAAAGAGAUUUUCAGUAGUAGCUCAUGCUAUACCUGACUACCAUCCUGGAGAAGAUGUAUUUGAUUUAUCAAUCUCUGGGAAAAUCUUCAAUCAACAUGACCUUGACUUGAGGAAUUUCCAUUUCAUCCCUCAAAAUCCUAUGGAAAAACUUCUUCUUAGUUCUGAUGUAACACAGCAGCUUUUUUUGGCUGUUCAUGGUUUUCUGAGUUCUUACAGUUGCAGUGUGUGUCCCAUUCCAAUUCUGAAGUGGCUUUUUCAGAUGAUGUCUGUUCAUCCUAGCUAUUGUGUUUCCACCCAGAUUUUAGACAAGUUGAUAGAAAUAACACUAAACAAUGCCUCCAUCAGUGAUGAGCAGUCUAAACCGUGGAUCCCUUCUCUAGCUGAUGUCACAACUGUUUUUGUCAAUAUGGGUAUUAUGUUCAGGUCUCUCUUUCCAUUGCAACAUCUUCAGCCCAACUUUAAUGAGCGGGAUAUUUUAAGUCAGAGGCAAGGAACAGUGAGCAAAGAGCAGCCGGGAGGAUUUGCCGACUCUGCCAGUCCUGCCUUCUUCUGUUUACCAGAAAGCAAUCUAAUGAAUGUCAUCAAGUUUUUAGACUUCUGCACAACAGUAAUUCAAGAUGGAUAUACAGAUCAAGAAAUAUUGCUGCUGCUUCUGUUGCUUUUUAAAAUAAGCUUGGACAAACAGCUAAAGCAAGUCUCUUUAAUAGAUUUCCAGUGCCUUCUCACAAAGCUUCUAAUAAGUAUUAAAGACUGGGAUACAAAGAUGCCUGAGCUCUGCCUGGGGGUGAGCGAACUCUCCAGUCAGCACCAUAAUCUGCUGUGGCUGGUUCAGCUGGUGCCCAGCUGGAUAACACGUGGACGGGAAGUAAGGCGGCGCCUGAGCCUUGUGAUAAUUGCAAAGCUGCUUAACAAAAAGCACACGAGGAUACCUGAUGACUGUGACCAGCAGAUGUCUCUUCUGCAUCAGUAUCUGGUGUACAUGAAGCCUUCUAAUCUGCUAGAGAAGAUGAGAAAAGAUGAGCAGCAGAAUGUCAGUGAAGAACAUAUUAAAGAGCACAUUAAUACAGAGCUGGAACAGGAGGUAUAUUACCUCAUCUACAUCCUGCUCCAUCUGGUCAGUGAAGCUAGUUUCUUUGACACUGUAAACGCUGACCAAAGGCAACACUUACUGAAGUUUUGUAGUACCUUGGAUAAGCACAUAAAAUGUGAUAUUAGGGAAGAUGCAAGGCUGUUCUAUCGAACAAAGGUGAAAGACUUAGUUGCUAGGAUAUACGGCAGAUGGCAAGAUCUGAUACAGAACAGCCGGCUUACUCAGGGAAAGCUACAUGACUUCUGGGAGCCAGAUUCAUGAGAUCUUGCCUAGAUCAGGGAAAUAACAGCAAAAAAACCCAAUCUGAAACCGAGGAAUGUAGAGAAGGAAUGGAGCUUCACCUUGAUCAGAAUGCAAGAAUUACUGGCCGCCUGAAUUAGAACCUGAGCUUGGUUUAAGCAAAUACAAAAAACACAGUGAUCCAAUUUGAUUGGCAUUGCUUUUACUGUGAACAGUGUGGCACUUCUGAAAGUGGGUGAACUGAAGCAGCAGCUAUUUCUGUAGCUCUGUCUAGAUUGAAUUUUAUCAUGUUGAAAGUUGAAGGAAGCUUUAUUUCCGCUGUUAAUUGUGACACGUCUUUGGAAACUGUGUGUAUUGGUUUUCUAUAACCUAUAAGUAUUGCUUUGGGAUGGCUGGAAAAGAACUGCCCUGUGAUGUGAAAUGAGUCUAGAAACAGUAUUAUACCUUCUCUGUUGUAAGCAGGUGAGGAAGUGCUUCGCUACUGAUCUGAAUAGCAGAGCUGCCCACACAUCUUGGUCUGCAAAGCAAGAUUAAUUGGUCUGACCAUCCAGUCUCUAAAUAAUAAAAUGGCAGUGAUGUGUGCACAAGUGAUGGGGUGUUUUGUUCACUUGAGGGUGGAGACAGCUGAAGAGAGGCUGUGCCCAUACAAUGUAAGUGGAUGCUGCUUUGCUCUGUUGUCUUCUAACAAAUAACAAAGCAGAACUUAAUACAAAUAACACAGUAGCAUUUGCUGUUACUGCAGUGCAUUCGUUUUAACUUCCUCAUCUUCAGAUGUUAUUUAUGCAGUGAAUGUGACUGCACAGGAAGUGAUUUUGUAAGAUCCUAUUGUAAAUAAGCUCCCUUACACGAGUGGCCUUGUGCUACUCUUUAAAGAAAAAUCCCUUUAAGCGCUUUCUCUAAAUGGAGAAAAUGCUGUUCCUAAAAUAUCAAGUUUGAGGAUUGGAGGAGAGGUGGCCAGUGCAUGUGAACGUUAACUGAAAGCUGUAUGAGUAGUGAAUUCCUUUGUGCAAAGUCUUGCUGCAUACACAGCGUGAGCUCAGAGCUCCGUGGGCUGUUUGCAGUAAUGGGGGGAAGAUGUAAUCCCUGUGUGUGUGCUUUCCGUGUGAAUGCUGUAAUUUAAACGUACACUGUGGGCUCUGUGGUGCGUGUGUGUGUGUGAACAGGAAGUCACAGUGGGUAGAAUACCAAAUGGGAAAUCCAGAUUUUUUUAAUACUGCUACAGUUGUGUUUUAUAGUCUUGUUUCCUUUUAAUUUGUGUAGAUUGACCUAUCUUCUCCUGUACAGUAAACUUCCUACCGCUUGACAGGAAUGUAAAGUAAGGUUAACGUUAAAGUUAAAUCUGAAGUCUGCAUGUUGUGUGUAAAGGAGCUGCUGUGAGUGGGCCGCAGGCUCCAGGGAGGGGGUUCUGUUGGGGAAUCGGUGUUUUGUCUUGCCUUUCAAAUGUAGGCGAAGUCUGCAGUCUCUGCACCCUUCACAGGACUGUUAACUUCUCUUUGUCUCGGUGAGUGUUACAUCGUUAUCUGAGGGCAGAAAGAAGUCCCUUUUUUAAUCCCAGCGUGUCUCUUCGGAAUCGGUUGAAUCUACCUCAAAGGGAAUCUCCGACAACAGGACUGUCUGAGGCUGAAAGUAGGAAUGGUGUGUCGGUAUGCAGGUAUGCACUGCCCUCUGCUCUGCCCAGCGCUCCCUGUGGGACAACAUUCCAUCUGGUUGCAGUUGCUUCUUAUGUUUGAAUAUAUUGUAUGUGAUUUUAUUAAUGUUCCUAUCUUUUUCUCACUAAUGUUGUAUACGGUUUUUAAAAGUACGCUUACUUUAACGUGUAUAUAUUUUCUUACCAUGUAAAAUUGAAUUUGUGGUCCUGUAUAUUUUGGAGAAGGAAAGGGGUGAGAUUUAGAUCGGCGUCUUUCUUUGUUCCUCGUGUUGCAGUUUGGAGCACCUUGAAAGUGCUGGGGAUGUUUUUCUGUACAAAAUAACCACUUUGUUACUUACUUUUAUUCAGUAGACCAGUGAGAAAUAAAACCAGACUUUUCUAAUCCGAUGUCUGUGCACGAAGUCACCACAUCAACCGCUGCGCAGAAAUACGGCUGCAGGUCCUAUUUGGGUCUUCCUGCAGUGCUUAGGUUCACAGCCGAUUAGCUUACUAUAAAUGGAGAAAGUCUUGGAGUAAUUCUUAGCUCUGCCAGUUCUGUGUUUUCAUGCUUCAUGCCUGUGUAUACAUUCGGGCUUUUUCCCUCCUCCUUCUUUGUCUGGACUUCCUUCCAUCUGUCUGUAGCUGAGUUCCAACCCUUGGUUGCUCCUUCUGGACUUUGGUUGAAUUGGAGCUCAUCAGUACCCUGGCAGAGGUGAAACCAAAGCAUUGCUGCAGUGUCUUGAAUGGGGCUGCUGAGCUGAGUGCUGCUCCAGGGCUGCGAGGAACGGCCCGGCAAACCUGCUGCCAUCUUGUUUCACCCAGCCAGAAGUUACAUGCAUUGAAAAAGGCUGUUUGCACACUACAUGUCUUAACUGCUUUGGUUGUCUUCAGAUGUACGUUUUUGCACUGAGGUUUAUCUUUUGAUAUUAUGUUGGUUGUACUAAGAACCGUGUUAUCUUGUCUCAUGGGCAAUUGGGUGUACUUCAUUGCAGUAAUCACAGAUAAAAAUUAAAAGUGGACUAUAAAAUAUA